UUGGCUAUAUAAACUCAUUUUGUCUGAUGUGUAAUCCUCCUUCGCAGUCACGCUUUCUCAGAAUCUCUCAUUUCGCAGUAGGAGGAUCUCUCGGACUCUCAGGGUUUUGGUUCGACAUGGCAUCGAAGCGGAUUCUGAAAGAGCUCAAGGAUCUGCAGAAAGAUCCUCCUACCUCUUGCAGUGCCGGCCCUGUUGCUGAAGAUAUGUUUCACUGGCAAGCAACAAUAAUGGGUCCACCUGACAGUCCUUAUUCAGGCGGAGUAUUUCUUGUUACCAUUCAUUUCCCACCUGAUUAUCCAUUCAAGCCACCUAAGGUUGCUUUUAGGACAAAGGUUUUUCAUCCAAAUAUCAACAGUAAUGGGAGCAUUUGUCUUGACAUUUUGAAGGAACAGUGGAGUCCAGCACUUACAAUCUCCAAGGUGCUGCUGUCUAUCUGCUCUCUGCUAACGGACCCGAACCCUGAUGAUCCUCUGGUGCCAGAGAUUGCUCACAUGUACAAGACGGACAGGAGCAAGUACGAGACAACUGCCCGGAGCUGGACCCAAAAGUACGCCAUGGGUUAGUUGCUGCAUUGUGAGAGAGGAGAGAGCUCAUUUCCUUUGUGACUUUGCUCACUCACUAUAUAAAUAUAUAUAUUAUAUAUAACUUAUGAAAAUGAAGUGUAUGUGUCCCAUAUAGAUAAAUGAACUUUAGGGGAAAGGUUGAACCUGCCCCUGUUGAAAACUCUCUGCUUUAUGCUUGUAAUGCAAAUUCUGUUGUUCAAAACUCUGUGUGGGGAUCUUAACAUUUAAUUUCUU